CGCGCCCUCCAAGGCCAGGGCCUUGGGAACGACAUUAUCCAUUCCGCUGGGUUUCGCCUCUUCCUCGACACGACUCGGGGCGAGUCCUGUAGCGCAUCGUAGCGCAUCCCCAAGACAUCAUGGCCACCUCUGUGACUGACCGUGUGCGCAAGACCAAGCUGCGGCCGCUGUCCAGUGCCACCAAUCUCACCGACUUCACACACUCGACUGCCGACCCAGCUGAUUCGGAUGCACCGUCAGAUGGAGAACUCAACGACUUCGAGGUGCAAAGCCUCACGCCAAGCAUGUAUGGCGUUGAGAGAAAGUACGGCCGGACCUACCAUGGCUUUCAUGCUGGAGCCUACCCUUUCCCCAACGAUGAGCUUGAGAUAUAUCGCCUGGAAUGGGAACAUCAUAUCAUAACAGGACUUUUACAAGGCAAACACUACUUCGCGCCGCUGAACACGAAAAAAUCAUCAAGGAUGCUGGAUAUUGGCUGUGGAACCGGACAAUGGUGCAUCGCGAUGGCAAAAAAGGCUCCAAAACAUUGGCGGGUUGAAGGCAUCGACUUAUCCGCGAUCCAACCCAAGAAAGACAGACUGCCCAACAACGUCGACUUUUGGCUGGAUAACAUCCUCAAGACAUCUUGGUGGUUCCCCGAAAAGCAACCCUAUACCUACGACUACGUCCACACACGCUUUAUGCACGGCAUCUUCACCGACUUCCGAGAAGUCAUACAAAAGGGCUAUAACAAUCUGAAACCUGGUGGAUGGAUGGAGUCGCAGGAAAUAUUUUCCAAACUCCAGUGCGCCGAGGGUAUGCCGGAUUCGUAUCCACUGCAGGAAUGGUCACAGCUGCAAGACGAGGCCGCGCACAACCUGGGCCGGCCGUUACGCAUCGCGGACAAAUUAAAGAGGUGGUAUCGAGAGGCCGGUUUCGUGGAUGUGCACGAGGAGGUCUUCGCUCUGCCCGUGAAUCCAUGGCCAAAAGAAAACAAGUCGAACAUGUACGGCAAGUUUUGCAUGUGGAAUAUGCUCGUGGGUCUGCACGGAUGGACGAUUGAAUAUUUUGUCAGCGGCCUGGGUUGGACACCAGCCGAGGUUGAAGUCUACCUCGCGCAUGUGAGGAACUCGCUCGCGGACGAGAGUGUGCACGCCUACUACAACUUCUACGUAGUUUGGGGUCGCAAACCUCACGACGACGAAGCCGGCAGCACGAUACCCAAACCCGAUCACUGGCCGCAGCCCCCCUCUGACGACGACGAAUCCAUCUUUUCAUCGGGAGUAUUAUAAUACAUGUUUGGAAGAGCCAGUAUUAGCUGGCACAUAUGCAUAUGAUUUAGCUCUUGGCGUUAUUCAUAUACUGGGUUCUUGGGAACGAGCCUUCUGUCCUUAAUCAUGGAUUGUAAGGAGGUAAUUUGCUGUUGUUGUUCUUUGCAUAUUUUCUUGGCGGCUUAUGUCGAUUGAAAAAGCCUUGAGCGGUGGUUCGAUUCUGUUGCUUAAGUGGCAGACUGCGAUUUACGAUGUAUGAGAUUUGGAAUUUCCAUGGUGUUUGAAUGAUGGGGUUAGUUGUUAAUGUCAUUUGGUCAGUUGCUAUGUCAGGUCUGUGAAUAAAAAGAUGAGUCACUAUGAUGCGCGUGGCAAGA